GUGUAUUAACAUCCUAGAGUUGGCGAUCGUGUCAAAACAAGUGAUGACGUUUGCUCUGAUGUGAGCGUAAACAACUUUCCUGUUGAUGUGCAAAUGUCAGAGCAAUACAUAUAAGCUAUGUUGAAUAUGACAGUGGAUGUCCAGAAGAGUUGUAAUCGUAUGUUAAGUGAAAGACUGUAAUUUUGCCCUUCGUGGUAUUGCAACGCUGUUGUAACGAAUGAAAUCUGUGAUUACGAUAAAGUAUCUAGGAUGGCUUGUUUUCUAUUGAAUGGUUGCAAAACAACUGUAAAGAUCCCGUAUGUUGAGCAGACAGAGAAUUACACUGUUUACCACAUUAAUAUCAAAGUAGGGGACAUUGAGUGGAAAGUUCAACACAGAUACAACGAUUUUGUGGAAUUGCAUGAAAAGCUUGUUACAGACAACGGGGUAGCGAAGGACAUUUUGCCACCGAAGAAAGUAAUUGGGAAUAGAGACCCAGCUUUUAUAGAAAAGAGGAGAGAUGGCCUAGAGAAAUACUUAACAACAGUUAUUCAUUUUCUACAGAAAGCAAUGCCCAGGGAACUUGCUUUGUUUCUUGAUUUUCAUCUUUAUGACAUUUUAUUUCUUCUCCAGAACAUGGCCUUACAGUUUUUCAUUGAAGGAGACACAUUACUGCAGAAUUCGAGGCAUUACACCUUCUCACCUUUACAGCUCUUUGCCAUCAGCGAAAGACUAAAGCAACCAAGACCCGCACCAGAGCUGUUGGAUAGGCGUCUGGAUUUCAGCCAUGUGCUAGAUUUCUGCAGCCAGUUGACAAGCAUUAAAGUACUUGGAUCACGUGCAGCUGUUGGAACAAGCAACAUAGUGCCCAGUAGCCUGCCUUUUGAGCUGUCUGUUUUCCGUUCAUUAGAAUCUCUUGAACUGGCAGAGGUACCACCAACAAAUGUCUAUGGACUUGGUGCUCUGAGAUCAUCUCUGGAAAAUCUGUCGGUGAAUUUUUCAGGACUGGAAACUCUCUCCUAUGCACUCCUUUGUGAUCAGUUGCACCGAGAUCCAUCUGAUGCCCGCGAUGAUCAGCAUGCGUGGAAGGCUGUAAAUAGUGCUAAUUUUAGCCAUAACCUCCUCACUUGUGUGGAUGAGUCUGUACGGUUGCUGCCAGCCCUGGAAAAAUUGAAUCUUAGUCACAACAGGAUCACAGAUGUAAACAAUCUCACAUUGCUGCCUCGCCUUUCUCAUCUUGAUUUGUCUGUCAACCAGUUAUCUGAAACAGGUCCACUGCACAUGAAAGUUGGGAACAUUGUUCAGCUAAACUUAUCACAGAACUGCAUUUCUUCGUUGGCUGGUUUCUCACGUUUGUACUCCCUUGAGGACCUUGACUUGUCGGACAACAGAAUUGAACAUAUCCAUGAGAUAUCUCACAUAUGUGCACUUCCAUGUCUUGAGAAUCUUGUGCUGAUAGGCAAUCCCGUAUCUAUAGAGGUAGACUACCGAGUUCGGGUGUUCGAGCAGUUUGGUAGCCGAGCGUGUGAAUUGUGCCUUGAUAAUGAGAAAGCAACAUCAAAGGAAUUGGAUACAGCUGCAGUAUUACAAGCUCUGCGGAUUGUGAAAGAGGGACGCACACCAACACUCUGCAUCAGAGAGCUGCCUUGUUUCCCAAAUUCUCCAUAGUGAUUCAAAAUUUUAUUGGAAAAGGUUCCGCAUUCAGAACAUACCAGUGCUUGGAGCUCAUCACAGUUGUUACAAUUUAAAAUUUAUAUUUUCUGUAUUGGUUGAAGACAGCAACAGUGAUAGAGGACUGUAAGGUUUCACAUUCAAGUGGUUGGAUCAGAUAUUGGUGACAUACUGUUUCUGGUUCAAAGAACAAGUCUUGUUGCAUUGUGAUUCAUUCAAUUAUAUGGGGAAAAGGUACUGUGUUACUAUCAGGAUAUCAUGUGAUUAAAUUACACAAGCCAUGAAAGGCAAAUAAUUUGCAUUAGCACAAAAAUAACAAAAUAUGUCUUACGAUUAAUGGUGAACAACUGUGAAACCACUUACAUUGUAGUUAGAGUUGCAAGUGAGUAGGACACACAAAAGAGGAAGAGAUAACUGUAACUUUGGAAUUCACUUUUCAGUUGUUUUGUAUUAAAUGUCAAGGUUAUAAGGGCACAUUUUGUAGUCAGUUAUCCUACAUAAUUUUGUACAUUAUAUCAAUUAUUUGAUUAUGUUGGAAUAAUACAGAAAGGUGUCUUUCAUUGUCAUGGAAUUUGAAAAUAGACUGGGAAAUUCUAAGGCUACAAUGACAAUCAUCUCUGUCCCAGCACUCAUUUGCACUUUACCUUCAGUGUGAGUAAUGUGUGUGUAAUGUAUUCUUUUAGUAAUUAACUUUUAUAAAUACUGAGGCCAGUUUUAAUGUUUAGAACCAACAGAGCGUUAUAUUUUGCUGAAUGUUAUGUGCUUCUGUGUUUAUAUUGCUGUGAAUGAAUGUAUGCUUACAUAUGUUUAUAAAUGUUUGUACAUUAAUACACAACUUGUAGCUUUGCUAUGUGAUCUGUGUAUCAAAUUAAAUAUACAGUAAGUUUGGAAAAACAAAUUACAUGUAAAAUAUUCUGUGAUAUUUCAACAGUAUACUUGUAAAUAAUAGUGAACAAAUGAGAAUAUAUAUAUGAGUCAGAGGUGGGGUGAGGGAGGGUGGGGGGGGGGGGGGGGGGGAGAGAGAGAGAGAGAGAGAGAGAGAGAGAGAGAGAGAGAGAGAGAGAGAUUUAAAUUAAAUGUAUUUUGAAAAUGUUAAUUUUUGUAACUUAUUUUGCACAUUGUGUGAUUCACAAUGCCCAAUAAUCAUCAUAAUAUUAAAGGCAAUAAUUUUGAUGAUUUCAAAACUCAAUAAAAGAAUAUAAUUGUUCUUGUCUAAGCUUGCUUGCUUCAGUUUUUUCCCCAUGAAUUAUAAAAUACUUGGAAAGACUUAAUAGUAUCCAUCAUGAUAAUGAUCAAUAAAUAAAAUUAUUUCAGAUAUUAAGGGGGAAAAGCUAAUGCAUAUUAUAAAUGUGCUAAUUUGUUGUAAACUGAAUUGGGGCAUUCUCUUGUGGUUAUACAAUAGUUUAUGUACACAAGAGCAGUAAGGAAUAUGCAGAUAUUACACUGGUGUGAUUCAUGCUGUAACUGCAAGACUCUAAAUCAAAAUGUGUGGGGUUGAGUUCACAAUUAGUCCAAAUAUGGUUUUUGGU